CCCGGGGCUAGUAGGCGCAUGAGCAGAGCCUGGCGCGGAGGGGGCGGGGCCGUUCCGUAGUGGGGGCGGUAACCUGCUACCUGAGCAGGCGCACAGAGCACCUGCCGCCGAAAUGAAGGUGCUUAUAGGCGGCGGAACGGGCUUCAUCGGGAGGGCCCUGACUCACCUGCUGCGCUCCCGAGGACACGAGGUGACCCUAGUCUCCCGCCAGCCCGGGGCCGAUCGCAUCACCUGGAAGGAACUUACCCACUCUGGGUUGCCCCCCUGUGAAGCUGUGGUCAACUUGGCUGGGGAGAACGUCCUCAACCCCUUCCGAAGGUGGAAUGAGGCCUACCGGAAGGACCUGCUCAGCAGCCGUAUAGACACUACCCACAUAUUGGCUACAGCUAUUUCCAAGGCCACCCCUCCUCCUCGGGCCUGGGUCUUGGUCACAGGCAUAGCCUAUUACCAGCCCAGCCUGACUGCAGAGUAUGAUGAGGACAGCCCAGGGGGUGAUUUUGACUUCUUCUCAAACCUGGUGUCCAAAUGGGAAGCAGCUGCCAAGCUCCCUGGGGAGGCCACACGCCAGGUGGUGAUUCGCUCUGGUGCUGUGCUGGGCCGUGGGGGCGGUGCCAUCAGCCACAUGCUGCUGCCCUUCCGCCUAGGCCUUGGUGGGCCUAUUGGUUCAGGCCGACAGUUCUUUCCUUGGAUCCAUAUUGAGGACAUGUCAGGGAUCCUGCUCCAUGCCAUGGAGAAGAGUCACGUCAAUGGGAUCCUGAAUGGGGUUUCUCCAGCCUCUUCUACCACCAAUGCUGAAUUUGCCAAGGCCUUGGGUGCUGCCCUGGGCCGCCCUGCUUUCCUUCCUCUGCCCAGCCCUGCUGUCCAAGCAAUCUUUGGACGAGAACGGGCUGUCAUGCUGCUGGAGGGCCAGAAGGUGAUACCUCGAAGGACUCUGGCCAGUGGCUAUCAAUAUAUCUUUCCAGAGCUGGGGGCUGCCCUGAAGCAAGCUGUGUCUUAAAGGAGCUUAAUGGUCUUAUUCUGUGAUAGAGGCCAUCUUGUCCAUAUCUUGAUCCUGUGUAUGUAACCAGUUCCUUAUGCAUUUUACUGAGACUCUCAGACUCUGUGUGUGUAUGUAUAUGUGUACACACACAUACAUAUUUACAGUAUAUUUAUAAUAAAAUAGCACCAGUGACUUCAUUUUGCACCCCUAUCCACCAUUUUAUGAAGUUAAAUUUUAACUUCUUGCAAGUCACCUGAUUUUGGAGGUCACAAGAUUUCCCCUCCCAACAGUCACCCAACUUAAGGAAUGUCACAAAACUACCCCUCCUCUCCCUCUCACCUCCGUGUCUCCCAAUCCUCUCCACCAGUAAGAAACUAGGCAUCUCAAUCCUCAUAAUCCCGUUCUUGUUUUUCACUCCCUCCAAACUGUUUAUCAGCUGUGGAGAAAUGGUCAUUGUCCUUGACUACCAAGAGCCUUGGACCUGAUUUGUUUCUGCAGCUGUAUGUCCUGCUAAAUAAAUCAUUUGUUUGAAUGAA